AAGUGCUCUCUCUCUCUCUCUCUUUCUCGACUCGUAGGUCGUAAACCAAACCCUGAGCUUGAAAAGUUGAGUUGAAGCUUGUUCGUUGUAACUCUGUCUGUCCCUUUACAUUGAGCCAUGCAAGUCGCUUCCAAUGCUCGCCGAGUCUCUCGGCUUUUGCAAUCUCCAAUUCUCCUUUCGUCUCAUUCUCGAAGCAUCGAAUCUCCUCACUCCACCACCCCCUUUUUCUCAGGGCUCACACGACGUAAUUACUGGCUAAUGACGACAGAACCGAUCCAUUUCUUCUUGUCAAAGGCUUUUUAUACUUCUGGUUCUGGAGUGGAUACUUUAGAAGGGUCUCCAACAGAGGCUGUCAAGGAACUCUAUGAUAAAAUGCUUCAGUCUGUAAAUGUUAAACGAUCAAUGCCCCCAAAUGCUUGGUUAUGGUCAAUGAUUGCUGAUUGUAAACACCAACACGAUAUUAGACUUCUAUUCGACAUUUUGCAAAAUCUCCGCAGAUUUAGGUUGUCAAAUCUUCGCAUUCAUGACAAUUUUAAUUGCAAUCUCUGUCGAGAAGUUGCUAAAGCAUGCGUUCAUGCAGGAGCCCUUGAUUUUGGAAAGAAGGCUUUGUGGAAGCAUAAUGUCUACGGACUGACCCCAAGUGUUGCGUCUGCGCACCAUUUACUGCUGUAUGCUAAGAAUCACAAUGAUACCAAACUGUUGGUGGAAGUAAUGAAACUUCUGAAGAAGAAUGAUUUACCAUUGCAACCAGGCACAGCAGAUAUAGUUUUCAGCAUUUGUUACAAUACAGAUGACUGGGAGUUAAUUAACAAGUAUGCAAAAAGGUUUGUCAAGGCUGGUGUAAAGCUACGACAAACUUCAUUUGACACAUGGAUGAAAUUUGCUGCGAAAAGAGGAGACACUGAGUCAUUAUGGAAAAUAGAAAAAUUGAGAUCUGAUUCAAUGAAGCAGCACACUUUGGCAACUGGGUUUUCUCUUGCCAAGGGUCUUCUGUUGGCACGUAAACCCAGUGAGGCAGUUGCCAUCAUUCAAGUUCUAAAUCAGACUUUGUCUGAUGCAAAAAAGUCAGGCAUCAAGGAUGAACUCCAGAAGCUUGUAGCUGAGUGGCCUUUGGAAAUUAUUAAGCACCAAAAAGAAGAGGACAAAGAGGAAUUAGCAGCCUCUUUGAAAUCUGAUAUCCUUGCCAUGGUUAGUGAUUUACUGAACAUGGGACUUGAGGCAAAUAUAAGUUUGGAAGACUUAAAAAGAAAAGAAGCUAUUCCACAAUAGCAUGAGUUCGGAAUCUGAAGAUAUUAUGUUUCAGAAUAUGCUUGUUUGAGAAUUAUCUCCUUACCUGGAUGCUUCCUAGCCUAGUAAGAUACCGAGUCUCUGAUCAUAGCAAAUGUUGAUUACUAAUUUGAAAUUUAUUUAUUUUUUAUUUCAAUCUUACUAUUUCUUAUCGUAUGUACCAUAAAUGCUUAAGGUUUUGGUAGCAUAUUAGUGGAAUUUAGUUAGUGUUUCAAGAACUGAAAUCUGGAUGUCAGUAGAUUAUGUUGGAACACAA